AUGUGCAGAAUUCUAUUCGAAGUCGAACAAAAAGAUGGCUUUGCGGUAUACCCACCUCUUCGAUCACCUCCCUCAUCAAUCUCGUCUCCUUACAAUAGUCUCAACUACGAAAAAGAAUCAACCCCGCCAUCAUCUUCUUUUAACAAAAUUAGUCCAGUACUUCUUUUGGUGAUAGUAAUUCUUGCUGUUGUUUUCUUUGUUUCUGGCCUUCUUCAUUUGCUUGUUAGAUUCCUCCUAAAAAGGUCAUCUUUUUCCCCAAUUUAUCAUUCCAAUAGGUACCAAGAAACCUCAGGGUCUCAUUCUCUCCAAAGACAGCUUCAACAGCUCUUUCGCUUGCACGAUUCGGGUCUAGACCAAGAUUUCAUUGAUGCUCUACCUGUGUUUUACUACAAAGAUAUCAUGGGUUCAAAGGAGCCAUUUGAUUGUGCAGUUUGUCUCUGUGAAUUCUCAGACAAAGAAAGGCUCAGGUUGCUUCCUCUGUGCAGUCAUGCUUUUCACAUUGACUGCAUAGAUACCUGGCUUCUCUCAAACUCAACUUGCCCUCUUUGUAGAGGGACCCUUUUGGGCUCUAGACUUCCUAUGGAAGAUCCGCUGUUCAAUUUUGAUCUCCCAAGGGAAUUAUCCAAUGGAUUCUCUAGUGAAGGAGAGAGUGGAUCUUCCAAUUGUCAAAAAACAGUUACUAGUGUGGAGGACAAAAGCGUUGGUGAAAAGAGGGUAUUUUCAGUGAGACUAGGCAAGUUUAGAAGCCUGAAUGUUGGAGAAGGUAGUGGAGAGAAACAAGAUGGAGAGACCAGCAGGUGUAAUUUGGAUGCUAGGAGAUGUUACUCAAUGGGAACAGUUCAGUAUGUGGAAGGUGAAUCAAAUUUGCGAGUGGCCUUGUCUCAUGGUAAUCUUAAUGGCACGGGAAGAGACAAUGGAUGCCCUUCAAUUGAUGGGGAUUUGGAAGAUAAGAAAAUCAGAGGUAGGACAAGAGGUGAUAGCUUCUCAGUUUCCAAGGUUUGGCUUUGGUCUAAGAAGAGCAGAUUUCCAACUUCUUCAAGUACUCACAUGGAUACGUCUUCUUCUUCUUUUGCUGUAAGUUUACCAAUCAAUGAUAAUAAAACUGAAAUUGUAAGAGAUAUAUAA